AUGGAAGGACCUGUACCCAUCACCGGUCCGCAGAUUCCGCAAGCACUAACGUGGACUAUUUCAGUAGCUAAUUUAACUGUGGUGGAUAAAGUGCCCCCUGAGAUGCUACAUCUUGUCGACACAUACUGGUAUCAGUUUCCGCCGCUGGAGACAAAGUGGCAUGCAGCAUUGGCCACAACGAUCGGAGUGCUGGCCAUGAUCUCGAUCGUGGGAAACGGAUGCGUAAUCUUGAUAUUUUCCACCACCAAAGGGCUCCGAACGCCAUCGAACCUGAUGGUGAUUAAUCUGGCCUUUGCCGAUUUCAUGAUGAUGUUCACGAUGGCUCCACCGGUUAUUAUCAAUUCCUACCACGAGACCUGGGUUUUUGGACCGUUCAUGUGCGAAUUGUAUGGUAUGUUCGGUUCACUGUCGGGUUGCGUUUCCAUCUGGAGCAUGACAAUGAUCGCUUUCGAUCGAUACAAUGUGAUCGUGAAGGGUUUGUCCGCCACACCGCUCACGUAUGUUGGAUCGGUGAUGAGAAUUCUCUUCGUAUGGGUCAAUUCGCUUAUCUGGACGCUUGCGCCACUGUUUGGUUGGAAUCGUUACGUACCGGAAGGAAACAUGAGCGCAUGCGGCACGGACUACCUCUCGAAGGAUUGGCUUAGCGUAUCCUAUAUCUAUGCGUAUUCGGCGUUCGUUUAUUGGUUGCCACUUGCACUUAUCAUCUACUCCUAUUCCUACAUUCUCAAGGCUGUUUCUGCACACGAACGAAACAUGCGAGAACAGGCUAAAAAAAUGAACGUCGCUUCGCUACGUUCAUCGGAUGCGUCGAAACAAAAUGCGGAAAUUAAACUAGCCAAAGUGGCACUCGUUACGAUCACGCUCUGGUUUAUGGCCUGGACACCGUAUCUGGUUAUAAACUAUGCCGGGAUAUUUGAUACCAGCCCGAUUAGCCCACUUCAAACGAUCUGGGGAUCGGUAUUCGCCAAGGCUAACGCCGUCUACAAUCCGAUAGUUUACGGCAUCAGCCAUCCGAAGUACAGAGCAGCUCUGUACAAACGCUUUCCAUCGUUGGCCCUUCGGAAGGAUAAUGCAACAGAUGAAACCUCCGUGGCCUCUUGUGCGACUGCUGCCGAUCAAUGUGAAACCUAA